UUUCCUGCCCUGUCGGCAUGUACCAGGCCUACUGUAAAAACAGCCAACCGCCAUCGAAAAAAAGAAAAAAGAAAAAAAAAACUUGGGAGUUUGUAAUAAGGGCGAGGCUUAUUUUGUUCGGUUCCUGCCCGUGAUUCGGCUCUCUGAUUCCCCCGUAGCGAUUAGUCGGAGCGCUACAAUUGUCAGUUUCGUUAGUGUGCCGAUUUUUAUGGUUUGUUUUCGGCUCCAUAUUGAAGUUUUUUGCGCCCAGAGCACAGAGUCUCGUAGCCGCAUACACUGUUAGCCCAUACUACUCUCACUCCACACAUACAGUUGACGCGCAGACACACAGCUCUCGCCUGAUUUGCACCAGCGCGGGUCAUUUCAGGUUAAACCCUGGCGCUGUGUCCCGUUCAGUUUAGCCGUCGGAGAUCAUCACUGGUUCCAGUUGAGGAGGAAUGCACAGACACUGGGACUCCAAAUAAUAUUUGGAUAGGAGCUUCGUCUUGCAUAUGCGGUGUUUCUCUCGGGGAGCUCAGCAGCUCCUCAGCGCUGCCUGGAGUCAGACUUCACCACUUCCUCUGGUAGGUACCCAGAUGUCUGAAGAGGCUCUGAGGAUGACGUCUUGGCCUUGAACCCCACCAGUAUGUCAGAGCCAGCAGAAAAUUGCUCCCCCCGCUGGAAAGAUGAGGCCAUUCAAAAUGGGUACAUUCCAAGUUACCUGGACAAGGAUGAGCUAUGUGUAGUGUGCGGGGACAAAGCCACAGGCUAUCACUAUCGCUGCAUUACCUGUGAAGGUUGCAAGGGUUUCUUCAGGCGGACAAUCCAGAAGAAUCUCAACCCGACUUACGCUUGUAAGUACGAGGCGAAAUGUGUCAUCGACAAAGUGACCAGAAACCAGUGCCAGGAAUGUCGCUUCAAAAAGUGCAUUGCAGUGGGAAUGGCAACCGACUUGGUGUUGGAUGACAGCAAGAGGCUGGCCAAGCGGAAGCUGAUCGAGGAGAACCGGGAGCGCCGUCGGAAGGAGGAGCUGCAGAAGACGGUGUGGGACCGACUGGAGCCCACCCAGGAGGAGUGGGACCUCAUCCGUAUGGUGACUGACGCCCAUAUGGCCACAAAUGCACAAGGCAACCACUGGAAGCAGAAGCGGAAAUUCCUGGUCGAGGAAGCUAUGCUUCUUAAUGAAAUAACAUGUAAUUUAUUCUAUACUUCUGACCAGAGUGCAGCGGGGGUGAAGGAAACUAAGCCUGAGGAUAUUGGUCAAGCUUCCAUGGUCAAUACGCCUGAAGGAAACAAAGUGGAUAUAGAAGCCUUCGGUCAGUUUACAAAAAUUAUCACCCCUGCCAUAACCCGAGUGGUGGACUUUGCCAAAAAACUGCCUAUGUUUUGUGAGCUGCCUUGUGAAGACCAGAUCAUCCUGUUGAAAGGCUGCUGCAUGGAGAUCAUGUCACUGCGAGCUGCUGUUCGCUAUGAUCCGGAGAGUGAGACCCUCACACUGAAUGGCGAGAUGGCGGUCACGAGGGGUCAGCUUAAGAACGGGGGCUUGGGUGUAGUUUCGGAUGCCAUCUUUGACCUUGGCGUGUCGCUGUCCUCCUUUAACUUGGACGACUCUGAGGUGGCUCUUCUACAGGCUGUCAUCCUGCUAUCAUCCGAUCGGCCGGGCCUGAGUAGCGUGGAGCGAAUCGAGCGCUGCCAAGAGGAGUUCCUGCUGGCCUUUGAACAUUACAUCAAUUACCGCAAACACAAAGUGGCGCAUUUUUGGCCCAAGCUGCUAAUGAAGGUGACAGACCUGCGGAUGAUCGGCGCCUGCCACGCCAGCCGAUUCCUUCACAUGAAAGUGGAGUGUCCCACUGAGUUAUUCCCUCCUCUCUUCCUGGAGGUCUUCGAGGACUGACCAAUGGAUUUCAGUGUAUGUGUGUGCGCGUGCAUGUAUGUGUGUAUGUAUGUGUGUGCAUACGUCAGCGCCUGGGCACCCUGGUGGUCUCAGGGGUGGAACCAGCAGAAGGCCCGUCACAAUGAACUUUCUAUUAGCACUACUGAGUGUCACUUCAUUCCAUAGUGUAGGAGUAGCUCUCUGGUCUAGUUUUGGAUGGAACCAUUCCUUAUAGUGCGGGUACAUGUGAAUUACAUUUUGUUCUUCUUUUUUGGUUUGUUCUGUUGUUAUUGUUGUGGAUAUAACCUGACACCUCGGAUUUUACCAUAGGUUUUUUUUUUUUGUUGAUGAUUGUAUAGUUGGCAUAUUGGUGAUUUUAUCAACACUUGUUUAUUCAUUAGAAACCAUGCAAAUAUUGUAUUUUCGGUAACACUUCACAAUAACCAACUAAGUGAUGUUUAUAGAUGGUUUAUAAACCAAUUAUUAACCAUUUACAAAGUGCUAUACAAAAUUUAAUCUUUAAAUGUUUUAAACCAGUUUCUUAAAGGUUUAUGAAUCAUUUCAAAAUCCAUAACAUACUUAAUAUGGUGUUAAAAUGUUAAAAUUAGUGCAAAAUUAUUGAUAAACUAUGGUAAAGUAACUAUAAACUUACAUUAAUAUACCAUCUAUUUGUCAUUUAUAAAUGAUGUAGUUAGUUAAACAUUAAUAAAUUAUGUAUUUACAAUUCUAAAUGGCCUAUACAUGGUUUAUAAAUGAUGAUUAAACAUUAAUAACUAUAUAUAAAUCUGUUUAUACCAUUUAUUUCCAUUUAUAAAUGAGGGUUAUUGUAAAGUGUUACCGUAUUUUCCUUCCUUUAUGUUAAAAAACGUAAAAAGGCUGCUCUGAUACACAAAAUAAGACAUUGUUAGCGAUCCGUUAGCCUUCUCCCACCCGCGCGACUUUAUUGGACCCAUUUGUUGGUAUAUUAACUGUCAUAUAGUCAGUCAUCCAUCUGGUGAAGUGUUCAGUGCCUCACCAUCAUACUGUGACCUGACCUGUUAACAGCAACCCACUCAACAGCUUACAGAUCUUUGUAAGUCUUUGUUGAAAUGCUGCGUUCAAGAUGUGUCGGAAAAAUCUGAAUUUUGUAACAGAAUGACAACUAAAGGCAGAACUCUGAGAAAGAAACCUGGGCAGGAUCUUUAUGUGACAUCUUCAUGGCAGCAUACACUGUUAACACUACACAACAAUAUAACAAUCCUCAAAACUCACAAGCUCAUUUAACAGUAAUAUAUGAGCAUAAUUCUGCCCAAUACCUGCCUGUACUGUAGAAAGCUAAACGUGGAAUACUGAAUUGUGAAGGCCAGUGAUAAUUGCUCAAUAUCAUAGACAACAACAGCCACAUAUAAGAAAAAAACAACUUUUAUUCAUUCAAUUCUGAAAAGAAAGUCAAAUUUCUAAGAUUUAUUUUGGAAAUUAAUGAGUUCUAAGCUGCUUAGGAUGAAAGUAUCUGCCAAAUGGAUGUAAACAAUAUAUCUCAUAUGAAAGAAAGCUUCGUAAAUUAAACGAGGAGAAUAUUCACAUUUGUAGAAAAACAUCCACUCCAUUUAAAAAUCUCAUUUAAUUUCCACAGCAUAUCUUCAAGUUGUGAAAUGAACAGGUCCACACAGCAGCACAACUCAUGAGAGAUGUGUCACAGUGUUUACUGAAGAUAAUAAGGGAGGAAUGGGAGAUACUAUUUCAAAGGGCUGCCUCUUGGCUGUCAACGAUGCUGAAUGGAGAAGAGGAUGCUAAUGGAAUAAGAUAAACCAUUUCAGGGACAAGUGUUUAUGUUUGACAUUGCAUGUCUAUAACACAAAAAUGUGAUUUAAUUCUAAGCAAAACAGUACUUAGGUUACUUAACCUUUAAUAAAGGAGAUUGUUUAUGGGUUAUUUUAUACAACAAAUGCAGAGCUGCAACAAUAUGUCGAUUUGUUGAUUGACAGAAAAAUAAUAAUUGUAGUCAUUUUUCAAGCAACAACUCCCUAGUUCAGAGGUCGGCAACCUGUGGCAAAAUUAAACAUUUAUUUAUUUACAUUUUUAAUCUAAUUUAUAAUUGGCGUGGGCCCAAAGCAAUUUGAAUUCUUCAAUCGUAAAUAUGUGUAUAUUAUCAUGGCAGUUAAAAUGUUUUAAAAACAUUUUAGUCCACUAAUAUGUGCAUCAUAGCUAACCUCAAUUUACCUAAACCUAAAUUUAGCCGACUUCAAGUUGAGUUUUCCUUGCUAGGCUAUAUCUUUAAGUUCCAAAUCUCCUGAGAUAUUCCUUCAGUUUCCAGCCUCUCAUUCUGCAUUCUGACAAGUCAUAUAAAUAAAUGCUCAUUAUGACCUAUUAUUAAUGUUAAUCUAGACUUAGUAGACUGUUUUAUGUCCAUUCUAAGGCUCAAGAUAAGGUUUGUGGCUCCAUUCCGACUGUUUUUUCUUAUUUUGGCCGACAAUGGCUCUUCUGUUAGUAAAGGUUGCCGACCCCUGCUCUAGUUGUAGCUGUUUCUUAUCCUACGCCUUAUGUUAAUGCUAAUUUUAAUAUUUUUGGAUUGGUCAGAAUUGGGUUGACCAUUUUUUUCAGACAUUUCAUAAAACAAAUUAGAUCAGAUUAAUGUAGAAAAUAAUCAGUGGAUUCAUUGAUAAUGAAAAUAACAGUUAGUUGCAGAACUAAUAAUAAUAAUAAUAAUAAUAAUACAUUUUAUUUGUAAUGCACUUUACAUUACAGGAAAUCUCAAAGUGCUACAAGUAAAAAGCAUAACAGUCUAAUUAUAAAAAGGACAAAAAAGGAAAAAAAAUAGCUAAAAACAGAAAACAUACAUACAUAAUAUAAAAACCAUCUAGAUGAGAGGAACCAAAGGUUUUACUAAAAAGGAAUGUUUUUAGUCCUUUUUUAAAAGUGUCUAUGGACUGUGGUGCCCUCAGGGUGUCAGGCAGGGCAAGAACUGAUACAAAUGUAUUAUUUAUAAGACAACAGUUGGAAUGGCGGAGAUAUUGAUCCAUGGUCCUAAUACUGUCAUAGCUCAUGUCCAAAAAAAACAUGAAAACACACUGAGCUUGUAAAUUCAGACUUCCGACAUUGAAAGGAACGCAGCAUUAGCUUUAAAAUAAGCCUGUUCAUCAUUGCCAGAGACUGGUCAGGACUAACUAAAGCACAUAAUGACACUGAUGUCAGGAAAAGACAAUCAUAUAGUACUCGUUUUUGUGUAACAAUGCCACAUGCUGUGCCAAAAUCAAGUGAUUGAUGCCCUCCGUAUUGAAUCCCUGCUGGACUUGACUGGUCAUGCUAGUUAGUGCAUGCCGCUCACACAGAGUCGUCCCUCUGACUUGUGAUUUAUUCCUUGUUAGCAGCUUUUACAGUAAAACCAGUUUUGAGUUUUAUGUGUUUCAUCUCGGCCAUGUUGCCUCACUAGUCCCACAUAGAAUGAUUUCAACUCUGUUUUUUUUCCUUUUACUCACAACUCCCUGAAAACAGGGACUGUAUGUUCGAACAGUGACGUCAUGGUGCUAUGGUGGGUUGGGACUGCGGCUGAUGGAACUGUUUUGUUAUUAACAUGCAGAAAUGAACAAUAUCUGUUUGUAUAACAGCCCACCACCUUCUUAUGAUGGCAUGCAUAUACACUAACACACAAACAUGCACACAGUACAUACAGUACACCUGUACACAUACUGUACACAUGCACAUAUAUGCAUGUGCCUCAACAACAAAUGGGUCAGACCCCACCACUGUGAACAAGCAGUGGGAUUGGGAGGCCAGGUGAACAUUGACUGGCCCACAAGCAGUAUGAUUCAUCAUCAGCAAGGUACACUGAGAAAGCUGGUGAGAUUGUGAAAAACGUAGCGCUCUUUCCUUUCUUUUAUUUUAGCUGGUAUGUUCUUUUUGUUGUUGUUCUAAAAGCCUCUCUAUGGUAUUGUCGUUUGCAAUGUGACAAAACAAUUGCUCUGUAUAUCUCGCUUUCUCAAGCUUCACACUACUCCUCAAAGCAGCUUGUGUUUUUUUUUCCUUUUUUCUGUGAAGUGAUGCCUUUUAUCAAAGCAAUAGACUUGCUGCAGUGUUUGAAUGACCCGGACCUCACACACACACACCUCGCAAACUGUACAGACUCAAAAUAAAUGCACAGACAAUCAGAGGGAGAGAGAUGGAUGGGGGAGUAGGCACCCGGGCUCAGGCGACCCGGUUGACAUGUAGGGCCGGGCCGUGCUGAGCCAGAGCCAUUUGGAAAAGUAACAUUGGCCAUGUUUACAUGCACCCCUGUUGUUAUUAGUCCAGUUCAAGCUUGUCUUCAUAUUAGGUUGUUUGUUAAUACCCAGUUACUGAGCCUGCCUGAUGCCAUUAAUAAACUAGUAAACAGAGUAGACAAAAUACAGCUAAGAUCAAAUUAUGUCCCAUUAGUUACUACUGGAAAAACUUAACAAAAAUGUGUCACCACAGGAAGUGACAAGAUGCACAAAAAGAAAACACCAUUAAAUAAAUGGGGAUAGUUAUCUCCACCGGGGCUGGUUGCACAAACAUGCAUAUGCUAGACUGAGUUAAUUCUGCUCUUAGGCUUGUCUCAUGGCUCUUUUCAACCAAAUACUCCAGGAACUAAACUCAGGAACUAAAUGAGGACCUUAAAGUCCCCUUUGUGCAUUUCUGUUUGCAUUUCUAUUGCACCUGAAGAACUGGGGGGAUUAGAAUAGCAAAUGACAUCAGCAAAUUACACCUACAGAAACUUCCUUUCAGGCUUAAUGAGAUGACAACACCAUCAUCUGGUUGUCUGGUGAUGUACGGCUACAUGACCUUUUCAAGUUCUACUUUAGUACUGAAGUGCAAUGAAACAAACCUCUCUUGUUAACUUUGUCUCUCUUACCUCUUUUUUAAUAACUUUAUUCUCAGACUCGUCUCAGGAAUUGGGCUGCAUGACUUUGUUUAAACGUCAAAAACAUUUACAGAAAAUUCCAUGUAAAGCUCCAUGCUAUGCUAGCAACAACAGCUAAAUUGCUUGCUUGAUUUCACAUGUGCUGUGUAGCAGUUUGGAGGUUGUGUUGGACCAGUGGUAUCGGUACUUCACCUCCAUUCUGAUAGCUGCUGCUUCAAAACAUAGUCAAGAGCAGGAAGAACAACAGCCCAGGGUCCAAAACUGGGCCAAAGUGAUGAUCAUAGACUGUAUACAGAUCGAUGCAGUCAUGGUGAUGUCACACUUACCUUUAAAGGUUGGCAUUUUUGGCCGUCGUUUUAUUGUUGUUUUUUUCACAGCAAGUAGCCAAGUUUUUGCUUGGUUGGCAAGGAGCAAUUGUUAUUCAAAAUUAACAGCCAACUCUUUGGAGUGUCUUGUAGUCCAACCAAACAUUGAACAGAAGAGUUUUUUAGCGACAUAAAUGUUAAAAUUAACUUUAAGGAGCUGAAAACACACUGGGGAAUCGUGAAAGUCGCCCCCUGCUGGCCAUUAGACAGAAUGCAGAUUUUAGGCACUUCUGCAUUGGCUUCACUUUUCAGGCCUGAAGGUGACUGUAGGUAAAGUUCCUGAGUUUAAAAAAAAUGUCUGGGUUAAUUCACAGGGAUUGGCCACAAUGAGAGUAAAGGGAAUUGCACAAAAUAAAAAUGGAUUCAUUUCAAAGCUGCAUUUAUUUACUUUUUUUGCCAACAAGGGGCAAAACUCUACACUCACUACACCAAGUUUAAAGACAUAUACGAUGGACGUGGUUAUAUGAUCCCAAGUGUUUUUCUUAGGCUACGUUUACAUGAUGAUAGUCUGAAUAGAAGACGCAAAAGUGGCGUCUCGUCUUCACUUUUUAUUCCGAGUUUAGACAAGCGUUUUUGGGAGGAAAUCUGCUGCAUACGGUGACGCAAAAGUGUGUGGAAUUGGAUUGGGUAUCCAUGCCAGGUGUCAUGGUGAAACGCAUUUUCAUCAGCUACUCCUUCCACAAAGUUCUCCACCAUCCACUAGAUCUCCCAGGUCUCGUCCAAAGCCGUCUGGCUCGCCUACAACCAAUUGGUGCAUCCAAAAUGUGAUAGAGGUAAUUCUAGAUCCUUCUCUGUUCACUAAUAUUAUCUGUACAUAUCCUGUACAUUUGGUGGAAAGACUCCUGUAAGUUCAUUAGAGCUGCCAGAGCAGCUUGAAGGUCAGACGCAUGGAAAUAAUCCCACGUUUGUUUAUUUCCCUGUACUGGCACAUGUAUGUGACGUAUACGCGUAUGUGACGUGAGCAGAUCUGAGCAGAGUUUUGUGUCUUGGCAGUGUAGACGGACACGCUAUGGCGGAGAAGAUUCAAGUUUUCCACUCUGGAGGGUGGUUUCAGAUUUUUCGUUUUUAUCCUCUGAUGCUUUCUGUAACACGCUCUUCUGCUUAGCUUUUCUUAAGCUGUUGCGAUGCAAGGCUUAUAGAAUAUUUUCAUUAAUUUCCUUCAGUGAACUUGCAGUGAAGAACUAACACUACAGGGCCAAUAUGGACAAGAGGAUUAGUGGGACCAAGAUCUCUCCCUUCUGUCUUAAGAGCAGUGAGCAGAAAGAAUUUCAACUACGUCUCAGUGAUGUUUUAGGAUCAACAAGAAAUUUAAGACAUCAUCAUCAGUCUAAGGUGUGACUUAAGUCAUAUCCGAAGCCUACCUGUGCAGCCAGCCCCGGCUCCUAGUACAAACUUAACAAGGUUAAUUGUCAUUCUUGACAGAUUUGAGAUAGAUUGCAUUGUAGUUUUCUACACAGAGUACCUUGUGAGAUUAUAACCUGGCUAUUUCAUCACAUCUUGUAUAAGAGACAACCAAAAAUUAAAGAUUCAAAGAUUAGACUUAAAAAAAUCCAACUUCCAAUCCAAACAAAGUAAUGAGUCAGACAUUAGCUCAGUGUUCUCUAGUCAUAAUGACUUUUCAGCUUCAUCUUGUCAAGCCAUGCUUUUCAUUUGAUAAGUUUUAUUUGAUAUUUAAAUGGAAUGGACUGUUAGCUCAACAAGGUUGGGUUUUUUUUAUAGCAAAGAAAGUGGCCAAAAUCUUACCUCACCAUUAACCAAAUUGUUUCACACUAACCUCAAAGCUGCAUUUAUCAGUUUUAGUUGGCCAUUUAGUGUCAGUGCUUCAUAACAGGCUGAAAAUCACACUCAUAUGGCGUAGUGAGGCCUUAUAAGGUUGUUAUAUCGCUAACAUGUUAGCUAUUGCCUAUUUACACACCUGCAGAUGUGGAGCUAGCAUUAAUUUGGAGUUGUGUUUCUGGUGACCUGAUGAAUGUAAGUCUAAUUUUUACUUACCCUCAAUCUCUGUUCUGAGAGAAAUGUCUGGCUCGUAAACUGCUGCUGUAAGUGCUUCAGUAUGUUCACCAGCUAGCUGCUAGCACUGUCUGUUAGCUGUCUGAUGGAGGAGCUACAGUACAGUUGACUUGUAAGUGGCUAGAGAUGAUUCUUUGUGGGCUUGUCACUAAAGCGACCCCUGUACAGAAUUUCUUGAAAUGUUGAUUUUUUUUUUUUUAUUCAGUUGUUAACACAAUGUAAAAUACACUUCAAACUCAACAGAGUCAAAUAAAACUCAUCAAAACAGUCUCGGUUAGUCUUUCCACUGUUCUAACAAUCACCAACCAUGGUCUGGUCUAACCCUUUUAGGCCUAAAACGCCUGGAGAAAUGCCGGUAAAACUUAUUCGUGAUUUUAAAAUUACCCCCUAAAAUCUGAAGUUUUUCUGGAAAUUCAACAGAAGUGUCAACGCUUACUAAAUAAUAGAUUUUAUAGCCUCUGUAGCAGAUAGAAAUGAAAUUCAAAAAGUAUUUGAGAGCUUAUACAUGUGGCUUUUAAUGAGAAGUUGAGUUUAUUUGUCCAAACCUUCAAUAAAGUUUUUUUUAAAAUCUACGUGUUGCAUUGCGACACUCCCACAUGUAUUCUGAUGCAUUUCAUUGGCCAAGAGACCGAAAAAUAGUUGGAAAAAACAACAAAUACUACAAAACAACGUAUACGCUUUCCCGGCUUUAAUGGUAGAAUAACGCAACAGCGCCCCCGGUUUUAAUGGUAGAAAUGUGGUUAUGCUUUCCCAGUUUAAAUGGGCUAAUUUAAUCCUUAAUUCACAGAGUCAGGUGUAAAAGCAAACCAAAAAAAAUGCGCCUACAUGUUUUCCUACACUGUCCCUCGCUACUAUUAUUUGACCAUUUAAUUAGCAAAAUAAAAAUGGGAAAAAUUGCCUCCUUAAAAAAACAAACCCUUGCCUAGGGUUUGAAUGCCAACCUUAAGGAUUCUUCUAAGUUUUAAACUAUUCUGUACAGCCCUAUUACAGGCAGUCAUGCGACUCAUUAAUCAUAUAAAAUGGAAGAUUAGUGUACCCAAAAUGUAAUUAAAACUGAAACAGUAAUACAUCACAGUGCCGACAUACAUUAAAAAUCUAAAUUCAAAUUAGAGUACCGGUAAGCAUUACAACCAUAGCCUCUUAUAGUUAAUUAUAUUCAUUUUUGUGUUUUUUUUGUAGGUUGUGUACAAACUGAAGUUAAUGGCCGUGAGAACAUGUUGAAUUAUUACAUGUCACACAUAAUUACUUGAACUAUCAAAUGCGUAGAGCAUUUUGUGCAUGUAAACAUAGUCAGUGCUGCCUGCUGGUUCAGAUGAUGUUUACUGUUCCUGAAGAGGUGCCAGUACGCUGUUAUUAUCUCUCCCACGAGUUGUUAUUCUUAAGGUUACUCAGUUGCAAACCGAUAACAAGAGUUGCACCAUAGAAAAGCUAUUUUACAGUACAAAGGAAAAAGGAUGUAUAUUUUCAGACUGCAGAUUUUUUUUACGGAUGUUGUUAGCAUAAUAUGAACAUGGUAUUGUUUUGCAUAGCGUAAAAAAAAAAUCAACAGUAUCUUGCUCUUAAACUCAUUUCCACAUCUUUGCAAAAAAAAAAAAACUAUGAGCAAGACGUUAUGAAUCAUUAAAAAAAAAAAAAACACUUAAAUUAGUGCAGCAUUAGUUCUACUAUUUAAAAAAAUGACUUCACUGUCAGUACAAAGCAGCACAGCUGGACACAUUUAUGGUCCAGCAUCAGAGAAAAAGUCAUCCACCGUCAACACAGAAUUCUCUCCUUGUGUGUUUGAGUGUCUUCUUGUUCAACUCAUCUGUUCAACACAUACUGGAAAACCGAGUGAGAUAAGGUGUGUGUAAGUGUAGGAGUGAAUCUGUGGCAGCAGAGCAGAAGAUGAGAAAAUUCUGUUCAAAGGUUGCUGUCUUGCACUCGGCAUUUCCCGGAAAUAUUAUCCGGACAGUGCUUUGACAUGAGCAUGAGGACUUCGAGAGGAAAUGAUAUCGAUGCUCAUGACUGACGAUGAAUGCAGCUAAUGUGAAUUGGCUAUUGAGAAUAAAGAUGGUUUUGAGAGAA